UUAAUAAACUUAGAACCAUUUCUACGAUUUGACUUUAAAAAGUAUUCAGCUUUUAAAAAUGGACUUUCAAAUGAGUUUCAGAGUGGUGAUUGUGUUCUCCAUGCUAACUGAUCUAACUCAACAAUUUGGAACGGAUAAGCCAGCUUUGGAAAAUCAAACAAAAUUCAUUUUUUAUGACAAAAAUAAUCGAGAGACAACCAACACAAAAUGUUAUGAAACAAAGCAGUAUUCGAUGAUUGUUCCAGGUUAUACGGAAAAUUGCGAUACAUUUUGGGUGAAAGAGCUACGAAUGAAUUUGCUUGAACAUCGAAGUGGUUGCAUUAUUUGUAUGGACUAUAGUAAUUAUAAUAAUGAUUACCCAUUUUUGCUGAGACAUUUUAAAAUGGUGGCAAAAAUUUUAACGGAUCAACUGAUCAAUUUACGUGGCAAAGGUUUUCGUGCAACAGAUUCAUAUUAUUUUGGAUUUAGCUAUGGUGCCCGAUUAUUGGUACGCGCUGGCAAUGAUUUUGGAGCAAAAACAUUGGGAAUCCUUCACUUGUGUGAUGCAGCGGGUCCCGGAUUCGAUAGACGUUCGAAUGCAAAUCCACGAACAGCUGCUCAAUAUUCACAGUGCAUUCACACAAAUUCAAAAAGUCACGGAACUGAGGAACGGAACUGUGAUCAAAAUUGGAUAUUAGGUCAUUGUGGCCAAGAACAACCGGCAGCCGGGCCAAGACCACUUGGUUCGCAUGGAUUGUGCCCGGUUAUUUACAAUUAUAGUUUUAAAUAUAAAUUUAUGGCAAUUGAAAAGGCUAAAACGUGCAGUGAACCGGCUAAUUCUCGUGAUUUGAGCGUUUUACCUUCAGACGGCAUUCGAAUGGGUUAUUUUCAGAAACUGUAUAAUUCGACACUGUUGAAUGGCAUCAAUCUUUAUGCAAUUACCAAAAAAUCACCACCGUAUUGCUAACAUUAUAAUGCAUUUUGAACCGAAUUCAACCGAAUUACGCUUUAUUCACUACUAUAUCAGAUAAAAACAUUCACAAUUUUCCACUCACUUUAUUUAUUCAUAAUCGUAGAGUAUUUAUUUUAUAAAUAAACUUGGUCGCUUUGGGGGAAAUACAUAUAGCUAACACCAAAGGAAUUAGGUGAAACAUUUUGAAGGCAACCUUUCGAAAACUUGAACAUUUUCACUUUUACAUAUUUGUGAACGAA